AAAAAAAAGUCAAAUAUGCCGAGAAGCAGGGGUUAAAUGUAGAACAUCCGGACCUAUAAAGUAGAAUUUCAUUUGAUAAGUGACCAUAAAACGUUCCAGGUUUUCCUGUACCAAUAUUGACGACCUCAGUUGCAGUGUCGAUCGAUAUUAUGAAAAAACAAAUUUAUUGAAGGCCUGUAUGGGCAUAACUCUCUACUGUACACUGCAGUGAACUAAAUGAAUGGCGCCGAGAGGAAAAUUUAAUACUUCAGAGCGGAAUAGUCGCGAUGUAGGUUUUUUUUUAGAUUCCCCAACUUCACUUUUAUCAGUACUUCAUAGCAAAGACAAUCACGAAUAUAGCGGGUAGUAAUUAAUUCUUGUUAAAUGGCCAUAUUCGUUCAUCGUAACACAAGAAUAUUACUGCACAGAGCUGAAACAAAAUUUUGCUGAAGAACUUAAGUUUAUCUGUCAAAAGAAGACAUUUUUUGAUUAACACAAUGCGAUUUCUAUGUUGACGUGUAGCUCACUAAGAGCGAGUUUUUUAAAACCUUUCAUCCUUCCCAAUUAUACCAAAAUGAGAAAAUCCGAAAGUAACUUCCGAAACUUCAAGUGUAAUUUGGCGAUGACUCUUAAAAACCCGGUUCGGUAUGUUUUUUUUUUUUUGAUAGCUUUGUGGUCGUUACGUAGUUGACAUCACUUAUGACUUCAAGGUUUAUAUUUCAUAAGUCAUAUUGAGUGAAUAAAGCAUGAGGAUGUUGUAAUCACAUUGCAAAAUAUUAACAUCGUCAUGGUUCAUCAAGCCAAGUUACCAAUAAGAUGCUACUGUAGGAAUCGGGAUUCAACUAGCCAUUCCUCUAACUGUUAAAAAAUCUUGCCCAAGCCCUUAGUGUGGCAUGUUCCGCGUAAAUUUAAUCGGUGAGAUGGCAACGCGCCGCUUGGGCCAAGCCUUUUAAUUUCGUAACCUUGUUAGUGAGCGAAACAUUAAUUGCUACUUGCGUAAUUCGCCUACAGACUGCACGUACUUGCACAUCUUUUGUUGGCCACGAGCAGCAGAAUGACAUUUCUCAUUUUUGACUACUUCCAGCUGCUGCAAGCUUUUUAAGAUAGAUUACAAUCAACUUUAAUCUCACAUUUACUGCCACUGAUUUCAACACAUCGCUUGCUUGACUGCUAUUCAAGCGAGCAAACCCAGUUUUCAAUUCACGCUUGCUGUAACUUUUUGAUCGACAGUUUCUGCCAGUAUUCAGCUUUCGUUUUGCCCUGCAAGUUAUUACCACGAUCAGCAUUUAAAGGUGGGACACAACUGCUUUAAGAUUUGCAUAAAAGAAUCCUUUGAUGAGCUGAUAACCUCUCGAGGACCGUUCCCGAGCUUCAACGUGGCAAGAACCAUUUCCUCUUAAGGCUCGAAUCAGUUCCUCUUGGCGCUCAAACCAGUUUCUCUCCAAGCCCGAACCGGUUUCGUUGCUCGAACCAGUUUCUCUCCAAGCUUAAACCAGUUCCUCUAGGCGCUCGAACCAGUUUCUCUCGGGGCACGAACCAGUUCCUUUCAGUACUCGAACCAGUUUCUCUCGGGGCUUGAACCAGUUCCUCUCAGGGCACAGGCCAGUUCCUGUCAGAGCUCGAAUCAGUUUCUCUCGUGCGUUUUUGGCGUCACCCUUCUUUUGCAGUUUCAGCUCUUGGAUAGUUGUUUGUCUUGACGUGAGAAAUGAGCCUAUACGCAAACGCUUCUAUUGCAAGCAUCAACACGACAUCCACUCCAGCAAUAUUUCAAACAAAGUCAAAGGUGGAGAAAUUUUUCGUCUUCCUCUCCAUUGCAGAGAUCCUCAUCAUCCUUAUGGCGCUCAUCGGCAACUUCGUGGUCGUGUAUUCAUUCAUCGUAUCCACUAAACUACGAACAAGUGUUACAAAUUAUUUCGUAGUCUCUUUGGCGAUAUCCGAUUUACUAACUUCAGGGUUAGUGAUGACGUUUAAAGUGGAAUACACUCUAAACAGUUACAAAUGGAAGCAUGGCAAGUUCGAGUGCGGUCUCUAUACUACUAUGUAUCUACUGGCCGUGCCAAGUUCCGUUAUAAAUCUUUGCGCUGUCACGGUAGAUCGUUACUUGGUUCUGAGGUUGCCUCUUCACUACGCCUCUCUUAUGACUCCAAGGAGGGCAGUUUCUAUAAUCUGCUGCGUGUGGAUGUACGCACUCUUUUGGGCGUGUCUACCUUUCAUGGGCUGGAGAUUUCAUGUACCCAUAAUUCAAAACGGCCAGUGCUACUUUGUAAAUACAGCAGCCUACAAUAUCACAGUCAAUGUCAUGAACUUUUUACUACCAAUGAUAUUCAUGGCAAUAUUCUGGUCUCUUAUCUGCUCCAUUGUCCUUCGGCACCGUGAAAGGGUUAAAGAACAAGAAACAAAUAUUUCUUUCAACACGAACGAAUCUGCAUGUUAUUCUACCAACACUCUGUGCAUCGGAAAUGCCGCGACAUCGAUGCAACUUGAACCGAUUGCCAGAAAAAAAAAGGCUGGAAAGAAAAAAAUGCAGCGAAAUUUUAGUGGAUGUCGAUACAUUGGAAUUAUUGUCAUGCUAUUUUACAUUUGUUGGCUGCCUUACGUGACAUUAAGUUUGAUUGCAAACAUUUGUCUGUCGUGCAUUAAAUCGCCUAUCACGCUAACACUGUCUGAGACAUUCCUCGCGUUAGGGUUUUUAAACUCCGCUCUAAAUCCAUUUUUUUAUCCAUUCCACGACAAACGGUUCAAGGAAGCGUUUAGAGACAUUUGGAAGAAACUGCGAAGUAAGAGUUUCUUAAAGGUGUUACAUCGCAAAGAGAAAGUUUUGGAGGUAGCGAGACUGGAAAUCGUAGUCCGUGGUCAGUGAUUGGCAGAGAGGUUCUUGAUUGAGUGCUGUAAAAUCAAAACUAAGGUAAUAGGGUUAUUAUCACAGGAAGCCUUUAAAAUGGCAUAAUCUAUGUGACUGGCCAGAAGAAGCGGAAAAAAAGCGUCAAAAGAAACCACAGGGAAAAAGGGCGGGAAAAAAACCGCGGACAAAAAAACGCGGGAAAAAAGCACGGGAAAAAAAGCGCAAGAAAAAAGCGCGGAAAAUGGCGCGGGGAGAAAACCAACUGAUUAUAUUGUGUCUGAUUUAAGUUUUACAUCUGAUUGGGUGAAAAAGUGGUGUGAGAUUUCUAAGCCGAUCAAAAUGCGCAGAGGAUCAAAAGGCAUUUCAUACAAUUUCGGUUAUUUUCGACGCUUGAUUGAACACUGUUUUAACUGUGAUUAAAGUAGAAAGUAUAUAUUUUUUUAUUAGAGAAGUAUUAGAUUCAUGAGAUGCAUUAAAAUCAUUAUAUCCCAUUCAAAAUGACAGCCAAUUUGUUUUGCGGGUUCCUUCCUCGUUCUCACUUACAAGAAAGAAAGAGGGCCUGGGAACGAGAUUGACUGGCAGAGUGAGCGCUCUCUUGACGUAAUUAUUGCUAACUGAUUCACGUGCUAUCCGGGGAGAUUGGACUGGACUUCAACUAAUGUAAUGCUGCAGAGACUUGAAGUAAGAUAAGCGCAAGGAGAUCUUGACCACUUGGACUACAACUGCUUUUGAAACAGAUAAUAAUAAACAUUUU